AUGGCGCUCGGAAUUACCACAAUCCCGUGUGCGCCGUCAAAGCUCCCAUCGCUGGCUCCCUCCGCCGUCCCGGCCGUCCCGGCCGCCCCGGUAGCCCUGUUAAGCAUAGAUAACUUUGUCCGAGUACAAGGCGGCUUUUGGGCUGUUUGUGCUAUUUUUUUGUGCAUCGUUAGUGGCCUUGAUUACCUCUUUUGGCGGAAGGACAACUUGACUGCGAUGGUUACAGGCCUCCAAACGGCCAACGCCCAGAGGCUGCAGGAGGGCCACCCCCUCCACCUUAUCGGCCCAAAUGUUGACCAGCCGGCUGCCAACAGCCAGACUAGCGACAACGCUAUUCCGUCUGUCCAGUCCCCGGAGUCGAGCCCCCUCCUGCUCCCUCGGCUAGCGAAGCCUCGCCUGCUCCCUCAGGCGGCCUAUACCCCGCCUACUUCCAGCGGCACACGACUAACAUCUGGGGCUCUGGGGGAAACACGAUCUAUUAUCUACUAA